GAAAACAAAAAGAAAUCAUAGUAGAAUUAUGUGCUGACACCUUUAUUAUACUUUUGGUGAAAUCUAGCGCACAAACACGUAAGAGAAUAGAGAGUAACAAAGUACGUCUUCUUCAAUACGCCCGUUAAUUUGGGACGAUUCGGUCUCUGAUCAGCUGAUCUGAUAUAAGAUGAUUGUUUACAUUUUACCCCACCUAGCGGCCAAUUAUACAACUACAGCUAGAAGACCGUUGGGGCAGCAGCAAAACAGAAUGCAUGUCUUCUGACUCAGUGUACACUUUAGAAUAUAAACACAAUUGUAAAACUGAAGAAACCUCCUUAAAAGAUAAUGGAGGUUGGAGAUGAAGACGACCUCUGUAACUUCAACCUCGAUCUCGGGAACCUAGCAGAUGUCUAACUUAAACCAUCACAAGAGUUUAAUUGAGGUAAUGAGUUGGUAUCUGACCCAUGAGUCUCUGACCUGUCUUCCUUCAGCCCACUCCUGUUCACAUCAUGGCAAUACAGAGACGAAUAUCAUCAGUAUUGCCGGUAAUAUCGGGGUGGAGGUAUCCCGGCUCAGUCAGGAGUGGAAUUGUCUGCUACGUAAGACUCGUUAUCCUGGACUAGUUCUCCUGCUAGGUGCUGGAGGGGUUGUUGUCUACCUUCUCCUACAAGGACGGAAACAUGGUUCUCCGGGAUCUAGGAGGAGGACGCCACGGUAUCAGCCCCGGUCCUUCUGGAGCUGGUUGUUUGACGAGGAGUUGGUGGAGGACCUAUCCAAGGAUUCCUACUUCCUUCACAGUCACUACUUCGGUCCCUCGACCUCCCUACCUGAGCCUCAACCUAGUCUUGGUGAAGGAUCCUCUAAUGAGGCUGAUGUAGAGUCUGGAGAUGAUGUCAGUUUAAACUCCUUGUCUCUGGAGGCCAGUCCGAGGAGAUUGUUAAAGCGUCCUCUAUUUGAUAUUAGGACCCGAGGUCGGACCCAGCACUACCUGGAUAAAACUGUACAAAUCUCUAAUCCUUGUCCUAGAUGUAUAAAAGGAACCUGUAGGUUAAAAAAGCAUCAGAUUUUCCAGAACACUAGCUCAGGGAGUAGUUCAAACUACUCAGGAUCUCCUCAAAAUCAGACAAACGGUCAAAAAACGUCCACCCCAGAGUUAGAGGACGAUAGAUUUAUUUGUCGAGUUAAUUCGUCGCUCCCGGGAUUUUUCCGUCCUGGUCGUGGUGAACGGAAAGAUGGAGAUGGUUCGGACGAGAGUGAUCCAUCCCAUCUUGCCGAUGAGCUGGCCAAGUUCAACGGAACCCCCGUUGGAUAUUUGAAAGAUCAAUAUCGUCCAACCCAUAGACUGAUGCAAGGAUCAUACCGUGGAGCUCCAGACGGAAAGGAGAGAUUAUCAAUAUCCCCAGUUACUCUAUCCCGGUGCCAAUCUCCAGGUUCAGUAGAAAACAACAAUCUAGAGAGAACGCGUCGUGAAGAUUCCCUUGAUUCUGAAAACGAAUUACAAUCAAUGACAAAUGGAGAUGUGAGCGGGAGCAUGCUGGAUUUAGUUCAAAAUGCCAGGGAGGUUCGCCGACUAAUUCGGGAAACCUCAUUCGACAGUUCAACAUCAGAUCUAGAUCUUGAUUUUAGUUUAAACGCGAACCUUGGAGGAAGUACGGCAGAGGGAUUGGAUACAAUCUACUCCGGGAUUAAUAAGAUAAUGCUGAACUGUGAGAACCUGGAGCAAGAUAUCUCCUUCCUUCCAGAACAAAAACUAGUGGCUUCCAAGUCUAGUAUGAGUGGAUUGUCACAGUAUGCCGGGACUGAAAAUGAAGAGUAUGAAGAGUCCAACCUACAGAGAGAUGGAAGUGUUCCAGAUCUCCGGGUACUACAGAGAACAAUGAGAUCUAACAAGGGGGUUUGGAAACUAACAGACUUCUCCGGGUUGUCAGAUCGAGAAGGAAUAUUCGGGUCUAGGCAAGCCUCCAUAGUUUCAGAUUCUGGAUCCUUUGAAUGGGAUUCUCCGAUCCAUGGCUGGCAUGGGAUGAAAUCCCAUCGAGUUCCCCUCAUCUCCUCUUCCAACGUAUCCGAGUCUGGAGACGAGGUUGGAUCAUUUGCUGGUUCAGGUCUGGAUCCAUGGGAGUGGGACGACUGCUAUAUAAUUCAGGACGGAGAAGAUGGAGAUAUGGUGGAGAGGAUGGAUGGUCAUAAAUCCUGGCUACCAGAGAUGAGUGCAGAACUGGACCUGGAGUCGGAACUAAGAUUAAGAGAAUUGAACUCACAAUCCUCAUCUAAUCGAUCAUCCUUAGAGCGGGGACUUUACUGUGUGCGUCGGCAACCUCCAAGUGGACGAUCGUCCGUUGAUCGUCUUAGUAUCUCCUCUCAGGGAUCCAGUUUUUCAGACGAUCUUACCAUCACUGGUUCAAGACCGUUUAUAUCUCGUCGGUCCCGAUCUAGAUCUAAUUCCAUCUCCAAAUUGUCGGAUUCAAUCCAACAAUCUCACGAGUACACUGCUCGAUUACAAAAACUGUCAAUAAGUGCCGAGUCUGGUAUACUCGACACCGACUCUAUGGAUUCUAGUCGAACCUCGAUGGAUUCGAGCCGAUCUUCCCUAGACACCGGUAUAUCCUCGAUGGAUACUAGUGUUAGUAGUGUAACCUCGAGUAUAUUUGUCUCAAGUAUAAACCUGUCACCUGUCAAAGAAGCUAAAGAACCACCUCUAACUCCUCCUCAUCUCCUCUACUCCUCUCCUAUGUCCACCUCCACCAACUCCCCGCUGUCCCCGGAGAUAAUGUUCGAGAAGACAACCUCUACCGAAACAGUUAUUAAGCUAACCCAGAGUGUGAGUCCCAGUAAGACGCGUCGCCAUGUUGCAAAAACUUUGUUUUCUCGAGAUGGUGAUCAGAUGAGUGUUGAAGAUGAACUAAAUGAGAAUAUAGUUCUUGAAGUUAGCGUAGAAGAAAGUUAGGUAGUGUAUAAAUGGACUGUAGAGUCCCUUUAAAUAUCAGCUGUGCAAGCUUGUCUUCUUGACAGUGUUGAUCUGAAACUAUUGAUUGCAAUUAUUUAUGCAUAAACACUUCCUAAUAGAAGAUGUUUGAGAUUAUAAUAUAUAUACAUCGUUAAUUAUGUAUGUAUAAUGAUUUGUUGUACGCUAUAAGUAGCCGCAAUUAGAAGUUCUUACUUUGGUAACCUCACUGAAUAUAGGUAAUAAAUAUUCACGUAGUCCCAAUUCUUAGUUCAGUCACAAUCUUUUUUGCUGAAAAAGAUAAAUUUUGACUCAAAAAAAAUAAAUACCAUGAGUGCAAAAAUGUAUUUUUAAUUUUG